GUGACGAAUGUUCAGUCGCAAUGGAAAAUGACUGGAUGCCUUGUUGCAAGACCAGACCAGACGAACUGAACAAUCACACACACACAUAUAUAAUCACACCCACCCACCCCUUCCCUUUCCUCCAACGGUGAUUCAUCCAUCCUUUCUAUAUCCUCAUCAUCAAAUCAAUAAGCAUCCAUCUUGCGAAAGAAAGAAAGAAAGACUUCGACCUCGAAGCAUCAUAUCCAAUACCACAACAACCAACCUACAAACAAACAAACAAACAAACAAACAAACAACAUUCCAACCAAAAAAACAUCUAUAAAAACAAAGAACCAGAUCCAAAAAAAAACAAAAUGGGCGCCGUCGUAUCUUGCAUCCAAAGCGUCUUCCGCACCAUCGGCCGCGCCAUCAUGGGCGUCGUCAACGGCAUCGGCUCCAUCCUCAUGGCCAUCAUCAACGGCGUCAUUGGCGUGAUCGACGUGAUUGUCGGCUUUUUGACGUGCAACUACUGCGGUAGUCGUAAGGGCCGUAUGAGGAGGCGGAGCGGUGGGAUGGGUAGACGGAGACAUGCUGGGGGGACUGCGGCUAUUUAAGUCAUCGAUCGCCACUUACUUGUCGACCUACCUGCCUGGCGAGAUGACUAGGGGAUGGCGAGGGGAGAUGACGAGGGGGAUGAUUAGGGGAUAACGAGGGGAUGAUGGAGGAGACGGAUGAUACCCAGUUGAGAUUUGAAAAGGGCAUGCGGUUAAUGGUUUUUUUUUUUUUUUUUUUUUUUUUUGUUUCUUGCGAAUAGGUUUUUUUUACGGCGUCCGACGAUGGCGAUGAAGCAAGUUAAUGCGGUAAUGAGUUAUGGAGGAUAUACGAUUAGUACGAGAUGAUAAAGAUACCCUAUACCCCCCUUUGCGCUUUGCAUUCGGUUGAUAAUAUCUUGAUGAAGGAAGG